AAUGCUGCUCUACAUGACAGCGUGAACUUCACAACACACUCAUUCGACCGGCUGCUCCUCGACUUGAUCAGCUAAACCUUGCUGGCAGCAUGAGAGCAGUAUUAUGACUACGGCUUUUUUGAGAAAUACUGCAACCUGGAAUACCAUGCCUAGCAUUUAAAGCAAAAAUAAAGCAGUAAAGACCACUAAACCCCAAAAGUUGUGUGUUUGCGGACAGCUAUGGCUGCAGUGACCGGCGUUCGCUAAACAGCAUGUGCGCAAGCGGAAAGGGGAGGAAGCACCAAAGCUUGAAAGACUGCAAAUGUGAUCCUAAUGGUUAAAAUCUAAUUUCCACACAAGCCUGAGGAGGUGGUCUGUGAGUGGGGAACGCCGCCCUUACACCUGCAGGUAGCUUGGUUUGCAGCCCAGCAGCUCCUCCAGGCUGAACAGCAGAUGCACUCCUCCAUGCAGAGCUUUGGGUUGAUAAGACAAGUUCUGAAGAGCUUUGACGGAAUUAGAGAACGCAAUGGGAAAUACUGUGAAAACGCCGAGAGCCUCCGAAGAAACAAAUGUGCCGAGCGAGACGGGUCAGGAGAGUGAUUUCCUUGCUGUCCUCUAUGACUAUCCUUCAGCAGACAUAAGCCAACCUAUAUUUCACGUAGGGGAAAAACUACGUGUGCUAUCAGAUGAAGGAGGCUGGUGGAGAGUCCAUUCCCUUACAACAGGUCGAGAAAACUAUAUUCCAGGAAAAUAUGUAGCAAAGGUUUACCACGGCUGGUUAUUUGAAGGGUUGGGAAGAGAAAAAGCAGAGGAACUUCUACAGCUACCCAACACCAAGGUCGGCUCCUUCAUGAUCAGAGAGAGUGAGACUAGGAAAGGGUUCUAUUCCUUGUCAGUGCGGCACAGGCAAGUGAAACAUUACAGGAUCUUCCGCCUUCCAAAUAACUGGUAUUACAUCUCCCCACGGCAAACCUUUCAGUGCCUUGAAGACCUUGUGAAUCACUACUCAGAAGUUGCUGAUGGCCUCUGCUGUGUCCUUACAACACCUUGUCUCACCCAGUGCACUAACAACAGCAGCAUAACGAAUCAAGUUCCUCCUGUGGUGAUGCGGAAUAAAAACUUCAACUGGAGAAAUAUUCACAGGCUGGAGGUGACUGAAGAUACUGAAAGCACCCUGGCAGCAAUGGAUGACUCUUGUCUCAGCUAUGGCCUGAGGGAAAGUAUCGCUUCCUACCUCUCCCUAACAGGAGAUAACGAGGCUUCAUUUGCGAGUGCCAGAAAGAAGAAAGCCCAAUCUCUUAUAUACACAGGGAGCAAACGUAAGAGUACCCUUCACUUGCCACCUACAUACUAUGAAGACUAAAUGCAAGACAAACAGGGGAAAAAAAAUACAACUGAGGGGUUAGAAGAAAACCCAGAGCAUCCUGUGGUCCUGCAGUCCUUCGACAGAUGAGAGAUAUGAGCACACCAGCUGAUGAUCAAACACUGGCAAUGCUUCUGCAUUUCCUCUUCUGAAUGUUAAUCAGAGACCUUCUUAAUGGUGCUAUCUCAGCCAUAUGCUGGAAAUGUCCCCAGGGCACCUGAAAUUAGAACCUACUCACAAGAUAAACUGAGAUAGACUCUAAGUCAAGAGCCAAGUGAGGCAGAUGACUCUUCAGCAAGGGUGCUGCCCACCAUUGUAAAAAGGUGAUUUUGUAGGGAAGGACUAACUACAGCUCAAGAACUUAAAUUAAGUCUUACUCUGGUAUUCUCCACAAGGCUGAAAACCAUCUUGACAGAACCGAUCUACUUUGAGAAAAGGAGGCUUUUCCUUUUCCAUACCGAAUCAUCCAUCGUCAUUGACAAUGGGUCAGAAAGUCAUCAGUAACCCCAAGAAAGUAUCUAACAUCCAGCAUCCAAGAUUAUAUUGACACCAUACUUCUGUCAUUUUUACCUUUUAAGGGGAAAAAUUAAAAUCAUUGACUUUCCAAGUGGCAUUUAAAUCAACUGCUGGCAGUGGCCUGCAGUGUCACAAAGUGGUCAAAAAAUUAAGAACAGGCUCAACUCACGGAGAAAAGCAACUCCUGCUUAGCCCUGAGCUGAGAGUACAGGCAUAUCCAAAAGCAUAACACAGCUGCUCACAGUCUAGCAGAUACACAAUAGAGAAAAAAUGGGGUUUUAAGUGAAAAGUAAAAUGUGGUAAUACCAUGCUUAACUGCAAAGGUAGGCUUGCAAAGGUGUGACCUUUUAAGUGUGGAGGACCAGAUUUUAACCUCGUGUCCUGAAGGCACUCCCAUAUUUAUGUAUAAUAUUUAUAUUAAUAGCAGCUUUUUUAAUAAUUAAACUAAGAGAGUAAAUCAGCAACAGUGGAUACUAAAGAGUUUUCUGAAGAGAGUUAUGUCAAAUAGUAGUGACACAUUUCAUCAAACUGCUUAAAGAUUUGUAACUGGGUUAUCUGAAAUUUGAAGAAUUAGAGAAUUUUUCUAUAUAUAUGUACCCUUUGCUAAGUGAUAAAGGAGCAGCUAGCAUGGUCCUUUGAACCUGACGUGAUUGCAUUCUAAAUCAAGUUGUCACUCACAUCUGGGGGUAUAAAAUGCUGCAAACUAUGUUCUCGAGCCAAGAUAUUUUCAUUCUAAUAUUGUGUCAUACCUUUUUGCACAGAUCUGAGUAAUGAAGGUUUGGAGAGAGGGAACUGGGGUUUUAUAUAUAUAUAAAAAUGUAUGUGUGUAUAUAUAUAAUUUCCUCUGUAAAUACCUCUUAGCACAAAUCUGUGUGCUCUUUAGAUCUUGUAACAGAUCAUUUGCACUAGCAAGAGAGAUUCAGAGAUCAAAUUAGUUCACAGCCUAUUUAAACAUAUUUCAGAACUUAAAGUAUGAAUGUAAUUUGGCUGGUAAACAUUGAACACCACAAAGCAAAAUGAACUCAGGAACUCCAGGUGUUUGUAUCAUCUCAUUACUGUUACUGAUUAUUAAUAUGUUAUGGUGACUGCAUUUUAUCUAGUGAAAUGUAUAUGGGGAGCAUUACAGAUUUUUAAAUCAUGACUUGUAUUUAUUCAUUAAAAUAAUAUCCAAUUGUUACUUUGUAUUGCUUUUAGAAAAUGGAGAACCUAGCAUGCAACUAGUACAAACACCCAGUCUUGCAAUGUCACUGCUAGAAGGCAUCUUUGAUGGAACGCGACAAAAGAAUCCAAAAGCCCAUGUAACUGGGCAGCACUUGCAACAUGCUCUGUAGGAAGGCGAUCAGACAUGUUCUGAUGAUAACAGGUUCACCUAAUCACAGACCAGGUUGGAAGGAACCUCUGGAGGU